CAGGAAUAUGCUGGAAGCCGGCUGGCGGGCGCCGGGGAGGUGCUGAACGGACAGUUCCCGCCGCUUUAUUUGCCCGGCGGCGGGUAGGAGGGUGGGGCGGCCUUGGAGUCCGCUGGGCACGUGAGCGAUGGAGACCAUCUGGAUCUACCAGUUCCGCCUCAUCGUCAUCGGGGACUCCACCGUGGGAAAGUCGUGCCUCCUGCACCGCUUCACUCAGGGCCGCUUCCCCGGGCUGCGCUCCCCAGCCUGCGACCCCACUGUCGGCGUGGACUUCUUCUCCCGCCUGCUGGAGAUCGAGCCCGGCAAGAGGAUAAAGCUGCAGCUCUGGGACACGGCGGGACAGGAGCGGUUCAGAUCAAUAACUCGAUCUUAUUACCGCAACUCGGUUGGUGGAUUUUUAGUAUUUGACAUUACUAACCGACGGUCUUUUGAACACGUGAAAGAUUGGCUGGAAGAAGCAAAAAUGCACGUACAGCCAUUUCAGAUUGUGUUUCUGCUAGUGGGACAUAAAUGUGAUUUAGCUUCACAACGUCAAGUUACAAGGGAAGAAGCUGAAAAACUGUCAGCAGACUGUGGUAUGAAGUAUAUAGAAACCUCAGCAAAAGAUGCUACGAAUGUUGAGGAAUCCUUCACUAUCUUGACAAGAGACAUAUAUGAACUUAUUAAAAGGGGAGAGAUUUGUAUUCAGGAUGGCUGGGAAGGGGUUAAAAGUGGUUUUGUUCCAAAUACUGUGCAUUCUUCUGAGGAAGCAGUAAAGCCCAGGAAAGAGUGCUUCUGCUGACUUCAAACAUGCCAAAGAAUUAAGAACAGAUUGGGUGUCAUUUCAGGAUAAAUACCAACAUUAACAACAGAAUGAUAUGAUGAAAGCAUUUUAAAAAGUUAUAAACCCAUGCUAAUGCUGUUUUGUAAGGUAUUUAAUUCAGAGCAAUAUGCUUACUUGUUAAACUACCAGAUUGGUAUUUUGCUAAAUUAUCAAGCAAAGCAGACAACAUUUUCUGAAAACUGGAGUGUCUACAUAAUUGCCUUCAUUCUCAUUUUGUUAGCAUAUAACUGACCAUAAUAUCCAAAUAUGUCAAUAUUACUCGUCUUUCUUGAUAGUUUGAAAUGGAUGUUUUAUGCACACAUAUACUCUAUUGAAAAGAUUUUAUCAGGAAUUACAUUCUCUACUAUUAAUUAAUAUUAAAUAGUAAAGUGGAUUUAAAAGUGCACUGUUCAUUUACAAAGUAAACAAUCUCAGAGUUAUUAAGUAGGCCUAAAAUAACAAUUUCUUGCUUAAGGUAGCAGGUUUGUAAGCAUUCUCUAAAAUAUUCGCCCUUAAUUUUGCCUGAACAUGAAAACAUAAGUUUUAUAUUAAUUUUUGUUCUCUGAUUUAUUGCUCCUGAAAAUUUUAUGUUUUAUGGAGACAUCUAAGGGUCUCAGCAAAAUAUUUCACUAUAAAUAUUUGUAAAAAUCAAAAUGAAGGAUCACUGUCAGCAAAUGUUUUGUUUUUAUAGUAUACUGUCCUUAAUCAGAUAAGAAAAAUGAAUUUAUAUACUGAUGACAUUUUCAAAGAAAGUAAAUCCAACCUACCUUGAGCUAUUGUCAAAAUUAUCAAUAUAGGUAAGUGUAGAAUAUUUUUAAUAAUUGCUUUUUAUGUUCAAGUGAAUUUCCAAAUUUCCCCAUUUUCAAUACAAGGAAAGUGUAGAAAAUAGUUUUCUGGGCAAGGAAAAUUGGCUAGAUGUUUGAAAUAGCAUUCAAAUUUUAUUUUAAAAUAUCAUCAGUAAAAGUAAAAAUAAAAUAAUGAGUUAAGGCUACAAGAUAAUGUUUGAGUUUUCUAAUUUUUAACUUGCUGAUUAAAUUCCCCUCCUGGAAGGGACAUUUUUAUGACAAUGUCAAAUAUUUUAUAAUAUACAUUUCUAUUCUGUUCUGUAAACCAUUCUUGAUCACAAAGAAACUGCUUUUUGGAAUCAUAAGGUCUUUACUAUUUAACUGUAGUUGCUUCAUUUGUUUGAAAACCAAAUUUGUAUAGUAGAAAGAAUAUUUAAUAAGAAAUCAGAAAACCUGGUUCUAAACUUGCCUUUGCUUUCCAGUAUUCAUACAUGAGUAAGUAACUUAACCUCUGUUAGUUUUCUCAUCUGUAAAACAAGGCUAAUGACCUCAUUAAUUGUAUUUCAUGAAAUUAUUUUGGGAAUCCAGUGAAUCAUGUAGAAAAGCUUUGUAAAUGGAGAAAGAAUUAUACAAAUGUGAGAUCAAUAUCAACUGCUGAUGGGCAUACUAUUAUAUUUACAGUGGAUGAGAAUUUUUACAGUGGAUGAGAAUUUUUCCCGUGUUCUUUUCCUUCACUCCCACACAGAAGAAGCAAAGAAGGUAUAUGCUUUCAUGGACCUGGUGCAGUUCUUGGUUUGAUUUAUUUCUGUAGACUGUUACCCUGAAACUUCACUCUUCUAGAGUGGAAAUGAUAGGCAAGAAAAUCCCACAAGACUUAAUUCAAUCAAAAGUCAUGUUUGAAUGUGGUUUUUGUGCCUCUUUGAUUGUUUAAAUACUAGUACCUUUCUAGGUUAAUGUAAGUAUUUUUAUAGUGCCUGUAGAGACUAUAAAUUAUACCAUCGCUAUAAUUUUUUUGAAUAUAUUGACAAUGUUUUCUUGAUAUCCUUGGAUUAAUUUUACUUGAGUAAGUUCAAACUUUAACUGGCCAGAUAAGACAAUACUGUCACCCCAAAUGUGAAGUAGUCUGUUUUUAUUGUUACAAUUUAAAGUCUUAUAAUUUUCCAUCAGUUCAAAGUAGCAUCAACUCACAUAGUGAAUACUUAAUAGUAGUUUAAAGUACAGUUAUUUGUGGCUACUCGUAAAGUUAAACAGCUAAAAUAUAAAAUGUGAUUUAACUUUCAGUGGAUACCCUUUGUAAUACUAAUGUUGGGAUAGCACUCAUGUUUGGUCAAAGGAUAUGAUGUGUUCCAAGAUUUAGAAUCGAAUUAAGGAAUCAAAAGAAACAAAUGGGAAUUCAGGGCCCCAUAAAGCUGACACUUAGCAGAAUCACACAUGAGCAGAAGCAAGCAUCGAAGUGUAAUCCUUACAUCUUGGUUGGUAUUCUUUCUGUAAUCAUGCUGUGUCAGGGUGUGUGUGUGUGUUGAAUAAAAGGGGAAAUGUUAUCUAACUGAAUCCACAAAGUCUAAAAUUGGGCUAAAUCAUUAUAUUAUAGAGGAGCUGAAAUUUUUGAGUUCUUAUACCAGAUUGCCAAGUAUCUUUAUAACCUUAGCCAGAUACCUUUAUUUAUUUAUCUGCCCAUCUCCCUAUACAUGUAAGUAACUGACCUAUUUUCUUACACAUCAUUAUGUAGCAUAUGGAUAAUAAUGCCAAUGUAGUAAAGAUAUUAGCUCCAGGCAAAAUAUUUUGACUAAGGUUCUUAGAAAUCAAAAAUACUUGAUUUUACAUUAGAAUUAUAUAAUUUAAUAUUUAAUUUAAACCUUACUUAAAUUAAAAUCUUUAAAAUGAACAAUGUAGCUAAUUUAAUAAUUAGCUAAUUAUUAAAUAUUUUAGAUGUGAUUAAAAAGAAAUGAAAACUAUCCGUUCAUGUAACAAAUUUGUCCCUGACAGAAAUUGCUCAUCUUGAGUAUUAUUAACACUUUCAGGGCAUGUAGUGAUAUGUUUCAUUAAACGGUAAGCUUAAGCCAAAAUGAUGAUGUAAUUGGAGUGUGGAGUGUGUAAAUGUGGCCUUUAUAUACACGGUAGUAGCAAACAAGAGUUUUUGAGCCUGGAAACCUGAGAGUUUACUUUAGGUUUUCCAAAGCUUCAAAGCAGUUUCAGUUUGUUUGGUUGGUUGGUUAGUUGGUUUGGUUUGGUAGCAACCAAAGCAGUCAUUUCUAUUAUUGUUAAGAUAACUUUGGCAGUCUUUUUAUCCAACUUUACAUCAUGAAAAAACUGAAUCUAUGGAUUAAUAAAAUCAUCUUAGUGCUGCUUUUGUCAGAUUUUAUAUUGCCAUUGGUUAAAUUAAGAACCAAGCUUCAGGCUUCCUCGGUGGUCUAGUCAGGUUAAAAGUCUCCAACAAAAACCACUACAAUAUUGUAAAGUAAUUAGCCUCCAACUAAUAAAAAUAAAUGAAAAAAAAAAAAAAAGUCUCCCUUGCAGUGCAGGGGACACGGGUUCCAUCCCUGAUCGGGGAGGAUCCCACAUGCCGCAGGGCAGGUAAGCCCAUGUGCCACAACUACUGAACCCAUGCUCUAGAACCCGCGAGCCGUAGUCACUGAGCACAAGCUCCUCAACUUCUGAAGCCCUUACGUCCUAGAGCUGGUGCCCCACAAGAAAGCCACCAAAAUGAGAAGCCUGCACACAGCAGCUAGAGAGUAGCCCCUGCUCACCGUGACUAGAGAAGGCUUCAUGCAUGGUAAUGAGGACCUAGCCAGCCAAAAAUAAAUACGUAAAUGAAAUUAUGAAAAGAAGAACACGGUGUCCUUUGACUUUGUGAAAUAAAAUUCACAAUUAUGGCAAGAUAAGAAAUAUUUAAACAAAAGAAUUCUUCUCUGCCCCUUGGCCUCCUCUCUCCCCCACUGUGCAUCAACCAAAUCUCUCUCAGCAGGAAUACCUGCUCAAUCAUUCAGAGCACCAUUGGCCUAGUAUCAAAAAGACAACUCCUUGGAAGGUAACAUUCUUUCUUGGUCUUGUAAAGGAUCACAUAACCCACCACGAUGACACUUAGACCUGGAUUAUGUAAACUGUCACUAAUAAGUCAUUUGAUGUACAGCCUUCUGUCUCAAAAAACUUUUAUAAACUGUGCCUUGACUUUAACAGGUGGAAUAGUUCUCAGAGUUUUCUGAGAUACUCUUCCCAGGUUUUAUUUCUCAAAUUCGGCUCAAAUAAAAUUCUACAAUUCUUUCUUAGGUCGUUCUACAGCUUAAAAGAGUGUACUCUAUUUCCUUAGUUACGACAUAGAAGCAUUCAAAAGACUAAAGAUCUGUUUGAUAAGCUAACUCAUUUUUUUGCCCUGUAACUGCCUGGAGAGAUUCAGUUGGAAAUGCAAAGGAAAUCAUUAAGAAAAAAACAGUGAAAGACUAUGAAGGCUUUAAAGUUAGAUUCUUAGUAUUUUAAAAUAGUAGAAUGCAUUCCCAAUCAGAACCUACUUUUGGAUAUUCCACAGCUGAUAAACAACCAUUUCUGCUUCAAAAUCUUUCUUAAUUCCAGUUUUCUCACUAAACUUUCCCAAGCAACUGAUUAAAAUAACUUAAAAACUGUUCUACUGAACCUGAGUGAACUGCUACAUGACUUGGUAUUUCCAAAAUCUUAAUAACGUGUGAGUGAUGAGCUGUGACAAUCUAAUCAAUUACUAUACAAUCUAAUUCACAUCAUUAUGAUAUAGAAUAAAUAUAAAAGAAAAAAUUUAAAGAUAUUAAAAAACUGGUGUUCCUUGUUGUUAUGUCUCGGUAAAUUUUUCAUCAUUUUUUAAAUAGUGCCUAAAACAUUAUCUAUGUGGCAAUCAGUGACUAUUAAUUGAUGAUUAUUAUGCUGAGUUAAUCCUAUUUAAUAUGGGAUCCGUAUAUUUAGUUUUAGUUUAUAUAUUCCAUGGAGGAACAAACAUGUUUUGCUACAAUUUCUCUUGCAGUUUUUUUCAGAAUGACAGCAAAUGGAAGAAAGAUAUGGCAUAAAGUUCUUGAAGUAUGUUAUUUGAUUUUAAAUAAUGAAUAAAAGGAAUGAG